UCGGGUGUUAAACCACGUUAACUUAACUUACCACAUGUUGCUUACUCACUGUGGAUACCCGAAUACGCUCUAGCUGGCGAAUGACGAUUUGGCGACAAAACUAUUCUGUUCGCCACCAGCCAGGGCAGAGCAUAUUUCCUUCACAACGACUCUAUUCUUCCAGGGCAAACAAUCAUAAUAAAUGAGUGCAUUCAUCUAUUAUUUCGUGGCUCGUAUUAACAUACAAGAAACUCUCGAGUCGCAUGCGACAAUCCGUGAAUCAAUCAGGCAAUAUGUAUUCCGGCCCCGUUAGAUUCGAGGCAUCUGGACGUGAAGAGGACCCUGAGCUACAAUUCAUAACUGUGACAAAACCUGGCUAUAGUCAGAAGAGACAAAAUGAGCACGUUGUUCGAUCACAUGCUAUGAAGCACGUACAGCGGAGAGUGAGAGCCAAAUUGAAACAUCGUCAACCGAUGCCGUUUAGGCCGUCCUAUGACACGAAUCAUCGUGUGAGCUAUCCAGACACAGAAUGUCUGUUCAGCCACGCAGGAGAAGCAUCAAGCAGUCGGGAGAAGCUACCUAUACCGAGAACCUCCCUGAACAAAUUAUCUGGAAAAUCCGAACAGAUGCCUGAAUGUCUAGAUCUGCUAAACAAGAUAUCUAUCGCCCGUAGUGGUCCCAAGACACUACUUGGGCCUGGGUCGAUAGACCCAUUCAACACGCUUCCGGACAUUAAUCCAAGCUCUUAUCGGGCCAGUUAUCUUCUGUCACAUUUUGUCGAUGUUUUUGCACCAGCGUUGCUCUCAGUCAGCACUGACCAAGGUGCAAAUCCUCUAAAGAUAGUAUUUGCUAGGGAGGCAAUAGCACACCAAGCUCUAUUUCAUGCCACACUCUUCUUCGCAGCUGCUCAUUUUGAUAUAUUACAUGGCCAGAGCAGUAGCUCAGAUACACUUAUGCAUCGUGGUAAGGCUAUUCAGUUGAUCAACAUGAACUUGAGUUCUUCGGCAGACAGGUUAAGCGAUUCAACAAUUGGAGCUGUGACUUUAAUGGCUAUAUAUGAGAUUAUAAAUGGAAACCUCAAGGAUCUAAACCUUCACAUGGACGCCUUGAAGAAGAUGGUUACUCUUAAAGGUGGCCUACAAGCAUUAGGCAUGCAUGGUGUUCUACACAUGCUCAUUUCUUGUCAAGACUCGCUUUCCUCUACGAUAGCCAGUUCUAUUCCCCGUUUUCCGCCAGUUCAAUGCAUUACGACGCUCCCAUAUAUUACUUCUAGGUCUUUUGUUAGAGGAUCAAGAGCAAAUGAUUCUGUAACGCAUGGUAUUCCUGACAGUGUGCUUCCGUUGUGGUUCCACAAUCAUCCGAUGAUGGUAUUAAAUGAUCUGCGUACGAUGACUUCUAUUAUGAACUCUUUUAAAGGGGGACGCCGUGCCACCACGGGAGAAAUGAUGAGCUUCAGUAAAAUGAAAUCUUCUCUCGAGCGCCGUUUACUAUCAUUUCUAAGGCAACAGGAUCAGUGGCCUGGGACGCAGCAGAAUUAUAUUACGUGUCAAGGAUACUAUGUCGCCGCACUGAUCUACAUUAACUACACCUUACGGCAGUUUUCACCAACAUUUGCUGUCCUCAGAGUCCUGAAGCAGAGGCUGAUAGAUAAUUAUGAGAAAGGAGGGUUAAUGAACCCUGUUGAUGAAGCUUCGCUAGGAAUUAGCUUCUGGGUGCUUUGCAUAGGUUCUUUAGUCUCCUUGACCGAGUCUGAAAAGGUGUGGCUGGCGGAGCGUGUGGCCAAUAUUAUGGGCAGAAUGAAGUUAGAGAGUUGGAAGGAUGCUGAGGAAUGCCUGAUAGGCCUGAUAUGGACAAAACAGAUGUCGGAAGUUCUCUGCAAGUCAUUUUGGCACCGCGUGGAAAUCGCUCAGUUCGUCUCCCUCAAAAUCUCCCUCACAGGGUUUGACAACAGAAAUCAGUUUUGAAAAAUAUAGAGCCCUAGCUAGUGGACACGCAUGAUCAAGCCCUAUGUUUUCCUGAUUUUUGACUAAAUUUUCUGGACUAAAUUUUCAAGCAAGCUACCUUGUUGUCGAAGGUUGUAAAAUGCCAGAAUUUGCACUUGAAAUAGUUAGUUCUUGUGACAUUUCACGUGAUGGAGCGUUUUGGGAGGCCACGAAAAGAUCCGCUGGUUCUAACUAAUGGGG